AUGGAUACUCAGGGUGGUCCGUACCUCAACAAGAGGGCCUUAUGCUCACCUUUAGGAGCUGCACGCCUCUGUCAGUUAGCAGCUGGCUGCAGUGUGAUUGCCAUGGUAACCCACAGUGCAGGCUACAGCGGGUCACAGGGUGUGUUCUGCAUGGCGGCGUGGUGUUUCUGCUUUGCCAUGUCGGUCUUGGUGUUCUUCCUGGAUGCUACCCGACUCUACAGCUGUCUGCCCGUGUCCUGGGACAACCUGACGGUCACGGGCGCAGCCUUUGCAACACUCUUGUAAGUCACAUGAUCAGAUAUCAUCUUCAUACACUCAUGAUAUAGGUGUGUAAUGAUUGUCUGGCUGCCUUCCAAUGGAUCUUGAUUGAGUGAAUGACUGCUAAUAUAAGUCUUCUUUCUUUAAACCAAGGUGAUUCUUGAAUAUCCAUCCGUGCUCAUGAUUUUCUCUCGUCUCUCUCAGGUAUGUGACGGCCUCUGUUGUCUACCCGCUCUUUUUCGUCACGUCUGAGUGCCCGUACGCUGGCUGUGACGUCCGUAACUUCCGCAUCGCAGUGACCGUCUGCUCCAUCCUGGGUACUCUGGCCUACGGCGCCGAGGUUGCCUUAUGCCGGGCCAGGCCAGGCCAGGCUGUGGUGGGCUACAUGGCCACCGUCUCCGGCCUGCUCAAAGUGGUUCAGGGUUUUGUGGCGUGCAUCAUCUUUGGAGCUGUGGCCAACAGGAGCGAGUAUUCCCUCUACGCCGCCACCAUCUACUGCGUUGCGGUCUAUGUUUUCUGCUUUGUCCUGACCGCGGUGGUGGUCAUCAUGACGGUGUGCGGACGGACCAAGGCUGUGCGCUGCAUGUCUUUUGAUCGUUUCGUGGUGGUGUGCACCCUGCUGCAAGUCCUGCUCUACCUGAGCGCUUCGGUGGUGUGGCCUGUGUUCUGUUUUGACACCAAAUACGGCUCUCCGUGGAGGCCAUCAUCAUGUCCACGAGGGAAAUGUUCAUGGGACAGCAAGGUCGUGGUGGCUGUUUUCUCCUUCGUCAACUUUGGACUGUACGUGGCAGACCUGAUCUAUUCCCAGAGGAUACGAUUUGUCUCCCCUCAAAGGUCUACGAUUUCCCGAGCUUAG